UCCAAAUUUAUAAAAAUAACAUUUAAAUGUUUAAUUUAUAAUUUGUUGUUUUCAAGUGGAAAUGAAUCCUAUUUAUAUGUAUUUAUUUUGAUAAAAAAAUAAUCAUCUUAAAGGAAUCUGCAAUAAAAUUUAAAUACAUAUACAAAAACUAGUGUUUGAGUUGUAACAUGAAUUAUAUUUUCUGAUUUUUAAUUAUUCGCUUUUAAAUUUUGAUCUUCCCGAUUCUUUAUCUCAAGUCGAAAUCUCAAAACGAAUGGCAACCUUAGGUAUUCUGAAUUUCGUUUGAAACGAGAUGAAAUUGCUUAAUUAAGUUCUUACUAUUCCGCAAUUUCGAACGAUUCAGUUAUGUCGAUGCUACGACACAACUUUGUAUCAAAUUAUUGGAAUAAAAAAUAUCUGUAUAAAACCCAAUUUUUUUUUUUGGGACCACCCUAAUGAAGAUGUUUUAUUUUGUAACACUUUUUGGUAAAGAAUUAGAAUUGCUAAUAUGUUCUUGCAAAAAAUUUAUUAUUGGCUUUUGUUGUUUCAACUUUAUAUUAUUGAUAUUUAAUUGCCCUUAAGCAUAAAGCAGAAUCAUAAUUUUGUAAGAUUGACCCAAUUUUCAUAACAACAUGCUUAACAAAAACCGUAGGCGAUCAGUUAACAAAAACAUAAAUUAACUUUUUUUCCUCUCUUUUUUUCUUUCGGCAAGAUUUAUGUAAAAUAUCUAUUCUUGAAUUCUUUACGCAAAAAGGUUUCUUGGAAGGCAUAAUUUUUGUUAAGAAUUAGUUUGAAUUUAGUCUUUCAACAUAUAAGAUGUUGAAAUUAAGGGUUUUAUGUUUAGUUCUUUUGAUCCUGGUGAUCUCUAGUUUGUGCGCAGAAGCUCAACAACAGCAAAAUAAACGGAAGCGGGGUUCUCAAAAGGUUCAACAACAACAACAAAAUUUAAAUAGGCCACAAAACAAUAAACAAAAGGGGAAUAAGAUUAAUAAAGUUCCCAUCAAAAACAAUAAGAAUAGACAAGAGAAGCCUUUAAAGAAAGUCAAAGAUGAUGUUACACAAUUAAUACCCGGACUGGGUUCGGUGAAGGGACGUACUUUCAAGUCAGAGUGGAGUGGUAAAACUAUUUUCCAAUUUUUGGACAUUCCCUAUGCCAAAGCUCCAUCUGGUUCUUUGAGAUUUAAGGCACCUGUGCCCGUCACUCCCUGGUCCAAUGUGUUAAGUGCAGAUAAACCCCAUCACGGCUGUCCUUCUCUGCAGGAUUUGGUCAGCUACGAAGCACUAAAAGCGAAAAAAAUCAAUGUGGAAGACUGUUUAAGAUUGACCGUAAAUACAAAGUCAGUUACUGGCAAUUCCCCUGUUAUGGUUUAUGUCCAUGGAGAUUUCUUAUAUGAUGGUAGUAGCUUAGAAGCUGCCCCAGGAUAUCUUUUAGAAGAAGAUGUCGUUUUGGUUUCUGUGCGAUAUCGUCUGGGUCCUUUCGGAUUUUUGUCCACAAUGACAGACGAUAUACCUGGAAACGCUGGAGUUAAGGAUGUUGUGUUAGCAUUGCAAUGGAUACAGGAUCAUAUUUCAGCAUUCGGAGGUGAUCCCACGCGUGUCACUUUGUUUGGUCAAGUUGCUGGUGCAGCUCUCAUCAAUGUGCUUACCAUGAGUCCAGCCGUUCCAGAAGGUCUUUUCCACCGUGUAAUCUAUCAUUCGGCUUCCGCUUUAUCUCCUGCAUUCAUUACUGACAAUCCUUUGCCAUCAGCUAAGGAUAUUGGUAAAAUAGCUGGUUGCAAGACUGUAAACAAAGUCGAUUCUCUUAACAAAUGUUUGCGUAAGCUAAACGCUACUGAAUUGUUAGAAGCCUUCAAUGUACACAGUACUUCCAAGUUAAGUCAAGGAGUAGGUGCGUCUGGUGCUGUACAAUUUGUUGUCGGUGGUCCUUCGGGGAUAUUGCCUCAAUACCCUGCUAAAAUACUAACAUCUGGAAAUUUCAAAGCCUACCCCACUAUGGGCGGUAGUGUUAAGAAUGGUGGCACUUUUAUAUUAAGAGAUAUUUAUACGGAUAUCUUUAACGAAACUAUUAUCGAUGACACCAUGAACGGCAUAGACUACAUAAAUCUUAUUAUAUCACAAACCAAUGGUGCUGAUCCCACUGAGGCUUGGAAGAAGUUUGCCGAGGAAGAAGUAUUCACUCCCGAAAUAAUUAAAAAUGGUACAUUCCAUGCCAUGACUCCAGGUUUAAUUGAUUUGUGUAGUACUAUUGCUUUUAAAAAUCCAGUUUUGUUGGCCCUACAAGGCAACGCCCAAAAAUUGCCCAAUAGUACAUAUUUAUACUCAUUUGACUAUGAAGGCGAGUUAAACCGUUACACAACAUCUGAUAAUGCUGAUUAUGAUAUCAAUGAGAUGCCGUUCGAUUUGGGUGUUUCUCUAACUGACGACAAUCUCUAUUUGUUCCCUUGGCCAAGAUUUCUCUUACUCAACUCAAAUCGUGACAUUAAGAUUGCUAAGCGCAUGGUCUCAUUUUGGACUUCGUUUGCUGCCACUGGUAAGCCAUCCGCUCCCAAUGUUCCAAAAUGGCCUGCAAUGAACGAUGAGACGGGUCCAUAUAUGAAAAUUGGAAAAACCGUUUCGAUUGGUGAAAAUUAUAUCGAUGAAUUUACUGCUGCUGUGAAAGAAAACGCCGAUGGUUAUAAUCUCGUCAACGAAGAAUUCUUUGACAGUUUAGUCGAUAUUACUGAAAAUAAUGAAGGCGAUCAAAAUGCUGAUCAAACGGAGACAGACAAUGAAGAGGGUCGUGGCAAUAUUGUCUUAAUAGCCAAAAGGACAAAAAAAAUUUAACUGCCGUAAUGAUGACUAGGAUUAUAAAAUAAAUUAUAUAGUUAUUAAGCACAUGCCAUUUAUUGUAUGUAACUAUUUAAUGAUUGUGUAUAACUUAUGUGUAACUACAUGUAUUUUAAAGAAAAUAAAAUUUGAAAUGUAUCA